AAAUGUCAUUUGUCCAACGUCUAACAAAGUUGUUUUUAAAUAAAUUAUGUAAAUUGUAAAUUCUAAUCAUUGAAAAUUAUUGAAUAAUAUCCUAUCAUUCCUAUCGUCAAUCGUCAUGACACAAAGGGGUAUUGAAGAUGGCCAACCGUUAUCAUCGAUUCGAUGAAUAUUAUUUAGUCAGUGAGUCUGAUAUGGAAAAUGUUGAGUAUGAUGAGAGAUCCAAACAAUGUUGUUCAAGAAGAUGCAAGAUGAUUUUAAUCCUAAUAUUCGUUGUUGUAUUGGUGCUAUCAUUUCUCUUUGUCUUUGUGGUGAUACCCUUAGUUUUUAUGAACUCCAUAAGCUUGCAAAGAUUGCUCAUUUUCACAAGAUUUAACCUGCCUUCAAAAACAAAAUAUUUUGAAGAAUACAAGUUCCCUGCUUUCAAGAAUGAAUAUGUAACAGUUCAAGAUUAUGAUAGUGGUACAAAUAAAUCUUUAGGUGUUUGGCACAUCCUGCCUGUAGAAGAAGGCAUAAAGGCUCUCAAUGAUUCUAAAUUUGAUUAUAAUCUCUCAUUAGCUACCAGUAACUACAGUGUUCUGAUUUACUUUCAUGGGACUGGAGAAGUCAGAAGUUUCAGUGAAAGAAAAUACCAGCUCUUGAGUUUUUAUUUUCAUGUUAUUGCUUUUGAUUACAGAGGUUAUGGUGAUUCAUCAUCUGGAUACCUGUCUGAAAAAACAAUAGUUAAUGACUGUGUUCAACUUUAUGGCUGGAUUCGCAAUAGAACUCAAUCACCUAUAUAUAUUUGGGGUCAUUCUCUAGGCUCUGCUGUGGCAGCAGAAACUGUUGCUACUUUGAAAAAAAAAGAUGAAAGUCCAAGUGGAUUGAUUCUAGAAUCUGCAUUCACUAGCCUUGAAGAAGAACUAUAUGUCCAUCCUUAUGGAAAGAUUUUUGCAUGGUUGCCUUGGUUUAAAGCAACAAUUUUGGAGCCUUUACAUAAGAAUGGUUUCAUUUUUGACACAGCAACUAAUAUAGGACAUAUAACUUGUCCAAUAAUGAUUCUGCAUGCUGAGGAUGACAAUGAGGUUCCUUGCAAGUUUGGAAAAAAGUUGUAUGCCAUAGCAUCUGAAAGGAUGAAAAAUGGUAAAUAUAUUCCAACUAUAUACCAUGAGUUUGACUCUAAUUUGAGUUAUGGACACUUCUUCAUUUAUCAAGAUCCAUUUUUGAAGUAUUACAUAAUGGAUUUUUUGACACUAGCAAAAAACCAGUCUACCUAUUGGUGGCAUUAAUAUCUACAUGUAUAGCUCCUAUCAAAGAAAAAAAGGCUGUGAUUUUUGUCUUUGAAAACACCAUUAAUAAGCAUGAUAACUGAUAGAAUUAUUAUUAGUUGUAUCUGUAGUUUGAUAAAAAUCUGAGGAAAACUGUUAUUUCAUUAUAGAUAAUAUUUUUUCUGAAAUAUAUACUUGCUAAUUUUCCACAAUUUCUUGUCCUUGAACCUUUGUAUUCAAACAUCAGUGUCAAAAAAUUGAGGAUGUGUAACUAUCUGAAAAAACUUUGAAUUUCAAAUAUUAUAUAAAAUGACUGGACUAUGAAAAGGUCAAUACUCUAUAGGUCCAAGGAUAUCUUCAUCUUCCUCAGGAAAAUGCUGCUAGGGUUAUCAUUAUCACUUCUACAACAAGUCUAGAAUUCUAAAUAAUAUGAUAUUAUUUUAUAAGCAGUUCAUAUUUUUUCGG